AUGACUACCACAACCACUACGACGAGGAACGUCCCAAAGCGUGACGGCAAGGCCCAUCCGGUGCUCGAGCCGACGGGGGAACCGGCCCUCGUUACGGCUUUACGGAGAGUCGAUCCGUUACUGCAAUUUCUUUCCAAAGCAACGGGUCAGACGGGAAUUCCGUUGCCUACUCUACGACGAUCCCUGCCGGCGGGUUACGACGCCACGGCGCUGCUCCAACAACUCCAAGCCUUGCACGAUCGUGGCAUUCUGCAAUUCACCUACCGACGUUGUGACGAACAACAUCUUGGGGACUCCGCCUCCACGACAACAGUGGCAACCACAGAUCCCACAACCACCACGAGUCCCACGAGUGUGACAAUGGAGGUCGGGUCCACAUUCACCCGUACCACCACCACCACCACUAUUAGACCAACUUUGCAAUGGGAAGACGCAACGAUCUGGAUUGGUUUUCCGCCACCACUAACGGCACACGCCGUCGUCGACAAACUCCACACGGCACGACGUGGCUUGGGGACUUUGCACGGUAGUACCUCUACCGCCGCUCGUCGACGUAUCGUGGCCUUGCAACGCAUACUCCAGCACGAAGCUACACACGGGUCGGAUCCCGCGCCGGUGCCGACCGAAUCGUCCCUACCAUCACCACCACCCGCCGGCAACAAGGCCUGGCAACCGGAACCACAUCCGGAAGACUCGGACAAUGAUACUGAAGAACCGAUACAGAGAGAUGCCAAACUGGCUCGACCGGCUCUACAGAAACUGUUGGGUUUGCAGGGAUGUCGACAGACGGAACCAACGUUGGACAAGGAUGCCUUGCCCGUUUCCAUACUGGCUGCGCAGGCUUCGUAUGCCGGAUCGCACGCCUCCCAAGAAGCCGCUUUUGCAGUAUUGCCGAAGCACACGGCAGCGCAGAUUCCCAACAGCUUGAAACGCGUCUUUGGUUUGCCCGUACCGAUACAAGGGAUUCAGGGAACAAAACAGUUGUACACGCACCAGGCCGCCGCCAUUGCGUCGAUACUAGCUGGAACGCACACGUCUGUCUGCACCGGCACCGGGUCCGGGAAAUCCUUGUGCUUUUUAUUACCUACCUUGACGGCGGCCUACCACGGUCACGGCGUAUCCCUACUCUUGUUCCCCACCAAGGCCUUGGCUCAAGAUCAACUGGCCAAGCUCACGAAGUUGCUACAAUCGGAUGCUGAUCUGGCAUCCCGCAUUCGAGUAGCCACCCUCGACGGCGAUACGGCCCACGCAAAUCGCGCUGAGAUUGCGCAGUCCUGCAACGUCAUCUUGACCAAUCCCGAUACGUUGCACGCGGCCGUCCUGCCCCACUGGAAAACAACCUACGGUACCAUGCUUUCUGCCGUGCGCUUCGUCGUCAUUGACGAGGCCCACAUGUAUGAAGGCGCUUUUGGAGCCCACGUGGCCCUCGUCCUCGGGCGUUUGGCCCGGAUCAGUCUCGUGGCGGCGGCCGCCGUGUCCCAAGACUAUGGAACGGCUACGGCGGCUCCCCUGCGACCACCCGUAUUCGUGUCCACGUCAGCGACUCUCCCCUGGCCCGAACAGCACUUUCGACUCCUUUGUCCCAUUUCUUCGACCGAUUCUGUGGCGGUCUUUACGGCGGAAAAGGAUGGGUCGCCACGCUCUGCCAAACAUUUUUGGGUCUGGAAUCCGCCCAUUUUGCACCAGGAUGGCACGUCCACCGGCAAGGUGCGCUUUCUACCCACACACCCGCCAGCGUCAAUGACACCUGACGAACAGCCAAAGGCCUCUCUGGUUGGGAAAAAACGUCCACGUACGCAACGGAACACCCGAAUUAGUAGCACGAACCAGGCGAAAGUCAAAUCCAAUCAUCAUGGAUACGAUCCACAGUUGCAAGCCUUUGGACACGGACCAGCGCGACUUCACCGUCGUCACGCAGCCGACGAAACAGCGUUGCUUCUAGCCCAGGCCGUCGCGAAUGGAAUCCGAUGCAUUGCGUUUUGCAAAACACGAAAUUUGGUCGAAUGGGUCUUUGAACGAGCCUUGACGAUUCUGCAAAAGGAGGACUCGACAAGGUCACUCGCGUCGAAAGUGGAGAGCUACCGGGGGGGAUAUAGUAUGCUGGAACGUCGGCAAAUUGAGCAACGGCUGUUUCGUACGGAGCUUUUGGGUGUUGUCGGAACAAAUGCUCUAGAGCUGGGCGUGGACAUUGGUGGCAUCGAUCUGACGCUACAUUGCGGAUAUCCGUCGUCCUACGCAAGUUUGCUCCAGCAGGCUGGACGCGCCGGUCGUGGCGGGACGGCGCGUUUGAACGUUCCGUCCUGUGCCGUUGUGGUUUGCUUCAAUUCUCCUUCUGAACAACAUAUCUGGCGGCAUCCCAAGACCCUAUUGAGUAAAGGUGUUUCGGCACCGCAUACCAUCCCAAUCAACAGUGGUCUCGUGCAAGGCCAUCUACUAUGCGCGAGCGAAGAAUUUCCGCUGACUGGAAAAUAUACACCAACGACCAUCCAAAGCACCGCGAAGGCGGCAAAGGUGCACCAUGAUCUAUUGAACGAUUACGACCUUUUUGGCGGAAUGGACAUUUACGAGGAGGCACUGGACGCUUUGCGAUCAACUGGUUCCGUCACGGAAGAGAUAAUUGCAACCCCUGCGGCUUCCUUCGGUAAAAUUACGAUAUACAAAGCACAUCCUUUGAUGAAGAAAGCAUGGUCUCGCGUUUCCAUUCGCUCUAUUGAGCCCGUCAACUAUGCUGUGGUCGAUAUCUCGCAUCCUGGGCAAGGUGGACGGACCAACGGUAUUCACGACGAAGGGGCUGUCAUGGACACGCUACCCUACUCUCGAAUAUUCUACCAUGCUCAUCCAGGAGCUAUUAUUACACACAGGGGUCGAAAAUACAAGGUUCUUUCCAUGACGCGACCUCCUGCCUUCACUCCUGAAAACUUUAGCUACGGUCGGAGCAUGAGCUUGGCAGCUUUUGCAAAACCAACGGGUGCAAAAUAUUCGACGCGACCUUUGAGUAAUAUGCACAUAACUGUGGUCAAACAGAUGGAGCGUAUCCAAUUGGAACCAAACUCGUCCUUCGUUACGAGGGAUUCGUUCGGCGCAAAGUCGGUAGAUUUCAGCUACGAGCUAGAACAAGCCGAUUCAUUGUCCUCGUCGAUUCCAUCAAAACAAUCUAACCAGAAGCAGGAAGAAAGUGACGAAGCAGGGUUGUCCUCGACGCUGGCUGGAUACGGAAUUGUCAAUGUGAAACGAAGUGUCCAUGGAUACAAGAAGUUGUCGUUGAUUACGCGUGCUGAACUAAGUCGUACUGAAUUGUCUCUUCCCGAGCUUGAAUUUGAAAGUUUUGGUGUGUGGUUUGACACGGACGCAGGGGCUCUCACUCCAAGGCUUGGUGAAACAUAUGGUCCAGGAGUUCAUGCGCUCUCACAUGCAAUUCUUGCAGUCGCGCCUCUGUUUGCGCCGGGGCUGGUUCGCUCUGAUUUGGAGUGUGAUCACUCCUUCUUCGCACCCACUCAAGUCAUGCUGUUUGAUGAAAGAGCAGGUGGAUCUGGAUCGUCGGAACGUUUGUGGAACUACUUUUUCCAGCCGAAUAGCAUUCUAGACGCCGCAAUCAAGCUCCUCGAGGAGUGUUACUCGUGCUGCUGGGACAAAACCUACGAUGGCGGCUGUCCGGCUUGUCUACAUGCGUCGAAUUGCAUUAAAUUCAACAUGAGUCUUUCACGAUCUGCGGCCAUUGUUAUCGGAAAGCACAUGCUGGAACGUAUCCAAUCUACCGAUUUCUAUAGAAGAAACGCUGAUACCGCGAAGAGUUUAGGGAGGACAACUUGCGAAGCAGGCGCGAGUCCAAGGAGAAUAGCGCGGAAAAAGGCUUUAGACAAAGCGAAAGAGAUGCAGAGCUCCAAAGACCGGCAUUUCGUUGUUGGGAGGGUAUCUUGGCCACUUGAUGGCGAUGAGAUGCAAUGCAAGCAAGUCAAAGAUAGCUAAAAUCUUAAAAAGCAACCAAUCACAUGUAAUCUAUCCGAUUUAUGGAUACUCAUCCGCAUACUUUGUAAUGGUCUCGCCAAUUAGAACAAACAGCUCGCCAACACCGGCCCUCAUACCGCUCUUAAUUUGGCGGCUUACGAGUGGUGGGCCGUUCGGAAACUCAGGCUCUACUGAGCAGUACAGCUUGCAACUUUCGUUACCUGUAUUGAUCACCAAGAUUUGUGUCCAGGCAAUGAAGGUCGAUCCAUAUGGGGCGUCUGGAUUUCGAGCCCUCUUCUUGAUACAGAAACAGUAUUCGUUGUAUGCAAUGAGACACUGUGUCUCGUAGCACAUAUUCGCUUUCACAAAUGCUGACCGAGGCAUCAGGUAGCUGUUUUCUUUCUCCGAGCCUACAAACUCGCUAGUGUCAAUCGUACUAGGAGGGUUCGGAUCUCCGAUGUGGUCGUUGUGGACAUUCCACGUUCCCAUCGUAAUGUUUUCAUACCGCGCUUCUGUUUUGUAAAUACCGUCAACAACAAAUCGGGAGUUCUUGUUCAGCAUAGCCCACCGUAGUCGACAGAAUCCUACAGGUACUUCGAGCUCAAGACUGACAAACUCUAGGUUCUCCGGCACUUCAAAACCUGGAGGCUUGGAGACUUGUCCAUUGUCGGCCUUUAUGGCCGGUCCAAGAAG